AUGCUCUCCAAAGGUACCCAGAGAACUGAAGAUAGAUGGCAGAAAUUGGAAGACACACAAAAUUUCAACACAGGUCGAGGCAACCAGUUUCCAAGGGCAACAUUCAAUGGCCCAGUUCACAUUCAAAGUAGUCUCCGAGAUUGUUCGCCUUAUAGCUAUCCAGCAGAUGCUUCCAAAGAGCGCGACCAUUCCCAGGAUCUAUCCUGGAUCCAAGAAGCUGUGGAUGCCUUCUACUCUCGGACUCUUCCGAUUGGUCUUUCACAGAAAGUAGAGAGCACAGUCCCGAAGAAAGAAGUGGUGGAGUCUAUGAGCUUUUUGAACUGUAAAGCAUUUCGAAAUUGGUUGCUGCACAGAUCUGGAGUUCUCUUUUGCUUGACAUCACAUAUGGUAAGGGAAAAGGAUAUGGAAAUUCCAUUCGCUUUGGGAGCGUCGCUCAUGGAGCAUAUCUCGGAAUCAAGCGGUGAAGGCGCUCAAAAUGUAUACCUGAACUGUUUUUCGCAGCCCGAUGAGCUCCUAUCUUCCAAAGCCGAGCUACCCCAAGGACCUUCUCAAGAACAGAAAUGCGACAUGGUUGACACCGCCGAUUACUUCAUGGUCGACGAAAGCUAUGGGAGUACUUACCAAGGUCCCCCACAUAAAAUAUCUGCUGGAAUAAAGGGUUCCAUGAACAACAUACGGAUACUGGGCAUUAUAUAUCAGCACAUCUUCGUGAAAAGCCCACGACGAAAAAGAGCAUUGGACGAUUACGCGAUGUCCUUGCAGGCUGGUUCUGCUUUAGAAUUCAUAGCUUACAUUCGGCAAACAGGCAUGCCCAGCAUAACCCACUUGCUUCCCCUACUUGAGCGACUCAUCAAGUCCACCCCGAAAAGGAUAGACAUCAUAAUCGAUAAUGUUAACUACCUCUCUGGGUCUGUCCGCACAAAUCUUGUAACAGCGCUUGAACAGCUUUGGUCAUCUACAUCGCAGACCCGAACACUGCUCUGUGGUGCAACAAGCCUGGCAGAAAGCGGAGAUGUCAGAGCAAUCCCUAUUAUCAAUGACACGACAGAACUCAAUGGCAAUCGCAAGUCGCGCCAGCCGCUCAUGGCACAGCCACCUGGAUCUGGACCAAUCCGGUCUAUCAAUCCUUCAGCACUACCAACAGUGGACUACUUUGGAUACGAGGCCAAUACCACACUCGUUGCUGACUGGUUUUAUCAUGGACGUCGAGGAGGCGGCUACAUCCGCCACGAGUCUUUCACCCGUUCAGUUCUGUAUCAGUUCCUACAACAGGACUCUGAGCUUUUUGAUGGAUAUUUCAAACAGCAUUAUCGCGAAGUGAUUCGGCGGCAGCCAGAUAAUCCACACUGGGCGCUGGAGACUCUUGAAACCAUUUUGUCCCAAAUCUGUCGUGGAGGGAGAAGGAUCUUUUGCGUCAUUGACGCGAUGGAUGAAGCAGAGGAUGUCCAUAUUCUCGAACUACUCCAAGACAUCGUCAGACCAGGAACAUGUUCGAGAGCGAAAUUCAUUGUGCUAAGUCGGCACAAUGUGAAUGUGGAGCGUCAUUUGCACAGUGUACCGUCCUUGAUUGUCGAAAAGGAAAACGAAAAUGACAUCAGACAACUAGUUGACCUGGGGGUAGAAGCGUUGAGGACCUCGAUCCAUUCUCUCAACUUCGAAGGAGCUUGUCGCACCUCAGCAAAUGUGCCACGGGAAGAGGAAGUUUAUCAAAGAAUUCGAGAAGCUAUCUUCAGGAAGUCCCAGGGCACAGUUCUCUGGGUCAAGCUGGUCCUGGAUAGACUUCAACAAGAGGCAGCCGAGCUUGGCAAGGCGACUUUGGAUGACUUAGAGCGUAUGGUGGAUCAAAUUCCAGAAGAGCUAGUGGAACUGUACAAGUUGAUCCUACAGGAUCUGAUAGGUGGGAGGUCGCCUGAGGUGAUUGAGAAUACCAGAAAGGCUUUGAUGUGGAUUAGUGCAGCAGCUGAGAUUGGGGACGUGACACUCGAGAGUCUGUGGGAAGCUCUCGCUCUUAUCAAGACCGAUGACGAGGGAGAGUCAUUAGAUGACAUCUGGGAAAGGGAGAUGCCCAUCCAGACUUAUGAUGAGCUCUGGAGGAAGUUAUACACCAUGUGCGGACCAUUUAUUGAGCUUUACACCCCUGGUUUAUCGGCGGAAGAAUCGCAGAAGCACCACCGCCUACCAACCUCCGUUGUCCAGCUAAUGCAUCAAUCCGUGCGCGACUUUUUUGGCGACAGAAAUGCGUCAUACCCGCUUCAUUUUCUGCCCACAGAGUCGCUGUCCCUAGUCCGAAGUCAAUUGAGCAGAUAUCUGUCAAUCAUAAAGCGAGAGAGCAUGGAGCAGAACGCAGGACAGCCCCAAGAUCCUGAGCAGGUCAUUGACCGUCUCGACCGGCAAAGACUUCUGCGCCAAGCUCUUAAAUCCGCCAAGAUUCUUGGGCAGAGUUUUCAGAAACAAGACCUAAUGGGCAUCCGGUACCGCGUACCUGUUACUGGAAGUGAGGAGCAUCUUCUAGUAUGUGCCGUUGUCAACUAUGACGCAAUUCUGUUGGCACUCAAGCUGGGUGUAAAGGGUGGGAGAGAGUAG